AUGCCGACGAAACCCCUCGUUUCGCUCCCUCUUCUUCUCUUAUUCUUCUGCGCCACCGUGAAUGCUCUUCACUUCUACUUGGAUGCGAAUGAACGGCGGUGUUUCAUCGAGGAAUUGCCGACAGAUACUGUAGUGGAAGGCCACUACCGCGCGCUGGAAUGGAGCGAGGGCCCGCAGGUAUACGUAGAGAACCCAGAGCUUGGGAUAAUCGUCCAAGUCGACGAGACCGACAGCUCGCACACCGUCGUACGCACACGAGGCCCACACGACGGGCGCUUUACAUUCACCUCCCACAUCGCUGGCGACCACUCCAUCUGCCUUUCCACCAACUACACCUCGUGGUUCUCCCACACCCACAUCCGCAUGUACCUCGACAUCGUCGUCGGCUCCACCAAGGCAAACGUCGAGCAGGACCGCUCCCACGUCUCCGAAAUGGCCGCAAAAGUGCGCGACCUCAACCAAAAGCUCGAAGAUAUCAGGCGGGAGCAGCAGUACCAGCGAGAACGAGAGGCAGAUUACAGGGAUCUGAGCGAGUCGACCAACUCGAGGGCGGUGUGGUAUAGUGUAGCGCAGAUUUUGGUGAUUAUUGUGACGUGCGCGUGGCAACUGAGGUAUUUGAGACGGUUCUUUGAAGACAGGAAGAUGCGAUGA